AUGAUGGCAUCUGGGCUGUUAAGGACCGAGGCGAGCUCUCUGAGACCCCCGUGCAGGAAUUUUGCCCGUGGAUCCUGCCGGUGGGGCCAGAGCUGCCGCUUCUCACACGACAGAGAGUCAGCCCAGGUCUGCAGGUACUUCCAGCGUGGGUUCUGCCGUUAUGGAGAGCAGUGCAGCUACCAGCACAUGCAGGAGGAGCCAGCGCCAGUAGGAACCCAAUUUGGUCUGAGGCCUCACUGCCACUGUGGCCAGGAGCCUGGCACUGAGCCCACAGCCGUGGACCAGGACCAGAGGGGAGCCCAGUGCACCACGGCCUGCAGCAUGACAUGUGUGGCCUUCAAGUUCCCCAAAGUGGAGGUAGAAGUGGAAGAGAAAGACAAGAAGAACAUCCCAGCAGUUGGUUACAUCCCCCGUGGGGCCAUCAGUGGAGAAUUUGUCCCCACAAAAGCUCGGGGUGCCUCAGGCUUCCAGCCACAAGGGCCAGCACUGGAGCCAGACUCCUCUGACCCCAGAGAGGCAGUUUUGGAGACGGCGGCACAGGCUGACCCUGCAAAGGUCCCUGCAGAGCCAGGUGCUGAGGCAGCCCUGGUCACCCCUGCAGUGCUGAGAGCCCGGAGCGAGGCUGUGGUGUGCGGCAUCUGCAUGGACAGGGUGUACGAGAAGGCGCUGCCCGAGGAGCGGCUCUUCGGGAUCCUCCCGAACUGCAGCCACGCCUACUGCCUGGGCUGCAUCCGCAGGUGGCGGCGCAGCCGGGCCUUCCAGAGCGCUGUCAUAAAGGCCUGCCCAGAGUGCCGGAUCCCCUCCAGCUACUACAUCCCCCACAAAUACUGGAUCUCAGAUGUGGCUGAGAAGGAGAAGCUCAUCAGAGCCUUCAAGGCACGGACAGGGAAAAUCAGGUGCAAAUUCUUCCUGCGUGGCUACUGCCCUUUCAGAUCAGAGUGCAUCUACCUGCACGAGCUGCCUGCCAGCUGGCUGCGGCGGCACAGGCAGCGCCAGCUGAGGAUGCCCACGGUAGCGUGCCUCAUCCUCCCCCCUCUGCUGCAGGUGUUCAUCCCUUCUUCCUCGGAGAGCUCUGACGAGGAGGAUGAGGAGCUCUGCACGCUCGAGUGGGCUCUCACCCUGGCCAUGCUGGAGACAGAAUUUCCCCACUCGAUUUAUGGCCGCGAGAUGCUUCUCAUCGACUUCAGCGAUUCCGACUGA